AUGCCAAAGCAGUCCAGCCCAGGUCUGCAUGAAGCUGACACGACUACAAAGGUCAUGGCGGUCUUCUCCACGCAGUAUCUCGGGCAUUUCCGCUCACAGGUUAUGCCGCUUUCAGAAAGCAUUCAAGUGCCAAGUGGCUUCCCUCACUUUCUGCUUACGGCUUUGCUGACUAACUUUCCCGAUUGCCCGGCUUGGCAAGUGCAGGCAAACAGCACUUCAGAAUGGGUGUUCAUGGUUCGCCCGGUGCUUCACCUCGCACUCAAAAGCAUGGAAGACCGCUCAAGCUUCUGGCAUCGCUUGCUGGCCUCCCCGGCGAAUUUCCAAGAGGCUAUGCUGCCGUUCAUGCCCGGCGAUGAAGCAGCGGCCGUCCUUGCAGCCGUCGGAGCCACGCAGCGAGAGGGUGUUUAUGCAUGUUCCUGCGGCUACGUGUAUACCAUUGGAAACUGCACCCAGCCGUGGGUACAGGCCAGAUGCCCGGAAUGCCACUCUCAAAUCGGCGGCGUGAGACACGAGUUACAACAGGGCAACCGCCGAUUGCAGGAUACGAAUGAUGACAGCUGGCGGAGGCGUGCAGGGCGGCCGGGCUACAGCAAUGUUCGCGGGGAGGCCUCUCGCCAGACGUGGCGGCAGUUAACGGUCAAUGACCUCCGGUCAGGGCGCUUUUUUAUGCAUGGUCUUCUGAGCCUGCACAAAGCUCUGUAUCCUCGAAGCCGUCGUGAACUGACAGAGCUUUCAGCGAAAGAGCUCAUGGGAAACAUGGCCAAGGAUUGGCAGAUCCUUAAGGAGCUCCACAACUGCAGUGCUGAGGCAUUGUCGGAGCGGCUCCACGCCGUCGUUGAGCAAACUUGGAACUUGCCUUCUCCAGAAGGACGAGGGGAGCGAGAACGGAUUCAGCUGGAGCAUCGCUGGUCUCAACAUCUACGCCACGCCCCGGCAGGUCGGAGGUCCGCCAGGGAUGACGAUGCCAGAGAAGCGCAGGAGAGACUUCGGGAUGAGUUGGAGGAUCGAAUUAACGUCGAGCAGCUGCCUCGCCGCACAGUCAGAAACAUGCUGCCUCUGGUCAUGCGAAGCUGGCUUCCCAUCAGUGGUAUGCAUAUGAUGGACGAACUGAAGGGCAAUCCGGAAACAGCGCGGACCUAUCCGCUCCUCCUUCGGGCCUUCGAGCGUGAAGCAGAUCUGAUCAAAGUCUCAAGGCUACGCCACAUCGCCGCUUUCCAAGACUUCUUUCUUCGCCAGUGUCGUGGUUGGACGAUGCACCGGGCGAUGGAGAUGACAGUGGGAGAUGUUAUCGACAAGGAGAUGCCUGAGACCCUACAGCCUCUGGCCUUGAGCCUCUUCAAGGAAGCGCAAGAAGGAUGGAACUUCGUGGCACCGAAGGCCCAGCUGAACUACCAGUGCCGACGGGAGAUUCAGCUCACAAGUAUGCCCUCGGACCCCUAUGAUGUACCUGCUGCGGCUUGGCUGCGUGCAGAGUGCGAAGAGUGCCCCAGAUCGCUGGAAGCCUUGCUCCUGGUGCGACAUCUGGUGGACUUGCACAAUGAGCUCGUGGGACUGUCUGUCGAGGCAUUGGACCUGAACCAGGACGACUUGGCUAAUUGCUGUCUCGCCGAUGCCUUGCCUCCAUACUUCUUCAGCUACGAGCCAGGUUCCUUGGAUCAGUGGGCUAUAGAGGCAGCCCAAUCCAAUGUCGUGGAACGACGACUGCGAUUCGACUGGGUGUCAGCUGCUAGCCGAGUGCACGCCUUGUUUUCCGGAGUCCGAAGGAUCCUUUCGGACCAGAUCUCGCUCAUGACGUUCCUGGGGCAGACACCGCUUCAGCGCCCAAGAAGCCAGCAGAACCUCACGGAGGCUGUGAAGCAGCAGCUACGGCGGAGUGUGAACACUGGGCUUCUGCAGGAAGCUUGCCUGACGGUUCUGCGCGACAUGGAGGCAUGGCUCCGCCUGGCCCCGGCAGCCGGGCAGACAGCUGCAGAGUUUGCUCGGCAAGUGAUGCACAUCUCCGUCGAUGAAAUUCCGGAUGCCCUGAACAUCCUGCAAACUUCGCAUGUGAGUGAUGCCAUCGAUUGCAUUGAAGAUACACUCAGCAGCCCUUUGGAAGGAUUGUCCGACAAGUAUCGGGCACCUCUGUCGGAAGCAGCCAAGAGCUGUGUAAGGGCUUUGACGGCUUCGGAUAGGGCUGCCAUGCUGCAAGAGUGGCGGCAAUUCUUCCGCACUUACUUGACAGAUUUCAAGGAACCAUACCCGGCCGAAACUCCUUUGUCAGAAUUUUGGGCUCAUGCGGUCGAAGACCAUCCAUGGGUAGCUGCUUUGGAGACAUCGGAUCCCAAGCUUAUGAUGUCAUCAUUCGGACCUGCCUUUGAGGAGCUGUACUCGGAGCUCCAAUGUACAAGACCACGAUGCGCAACAGAUCGCUUAUCCUAG